GCGGCGGUGCGGGGCACGUGUCUCGCGCUCCUCCCGCCGCCCCGCUCCGCUCCGCUCCCGGCCCGCCAUGGAGCCCGGCCCGGCCGGCCAGGGCGGCUUCACCUGCGUCCUGCCCAGGCGCGGCCGCAGGAAGCGGCGGGCCGCCGCGGCGGGGGAGGAGCCGCCGGCCGGGGCCGCCAUGGACACGGCGGAGCCGCGGCCCAGCAAGAGGCCGAGCUUCCCGCCGGUGGCCGCCGAGGCGCUGGGGGUCGGGAAAGGCGAAAUGCGGAAGGUUCCCGUGCCGGCCAACAGGUACACCCCGUUAAAGGAGAACUGGAUGAAGAUAUUCACGCCCAUCGUGGAGCACCUGCAGCUUCAGAUCAGGUUUAAUUUGAAAACGAGAAACGUGGAGAUCAAGACUUGUCAAGAGACAAAGGAUCUCAGUGCUUUAACAAAAGCAGCUGAUUUUGUGAAAGCUUUUAUACUUGGGUUUCAAGUAGAGGAUGCUCUUGCUCUCAUCAGAUUAGAUGAUCUUUUUCUGGAAUCAUUUGAGGUUACAGAUGUCAAACCUUUGAAAGGAGAUCAUCUGUCAAGAGCUAUAGGGAGAAUAGCAGGGAAAGGUGGAAAAACAAAAUUCACUAUAGAAAACGUAACCAGGACGCGAAUUGUUCUUGCUGAUGCGAAAAUUCAUAUUUUGGGCUCUUUUCAGAACAUUAAAAUGGCAAGAACAGCAAUCUGCAAUCUAAUUUUAGGCAGUCCUCCAUCAAAAGUUUAUGGGAAUAUUCGGGCAGUGGCCAGCAGAGCAGCUGAAAGAUUCUGAGCUGCAGUGGGCUGCACCACCAGGGGCUGGGAGUCCUGAUUUCUGUAUGCACAGGAGGCCUGGAGCUACACAAGCACUCAGUCUUCUGCUUGAUUUGGAAGCCCAGAAGAAAACUGGGACUGUUGGUGCAGUCUAAUUUCAAAUCAGACAGCAUGUCUGUUUUGAACACACUCUGUAUUUCUGUAUAGUCAUUAAAAUUUAAAUUGUUGUGUCUA